AGCCGCUAGCUUGGCGGCGGAUGCCCGUUUCGGGACAGGUGGAUUCUCCGGUUUGACGAGCCGCUGUUGUUCUCACAACAAAAGGGAAGCGAAGCGGAGGAAGGCUUUAAUUUCACUGCGGAACUCUAGCAUGGACACGUCGCCGCGGGUUUAAACCGCAUCCGUGGAUUUUAAAGUGGAUAUUUUAGCGGGUUUUUGAGUGAAAUGUCUCAGCGAGAAGAAAGAAAUUCAAGGAAAUACUGCGCAGUCACAGUUUGAUGGGGAGCGGCGACCUGAGCAGAUAUGGCAGCUGACGACAAGGUUGCCAUCCUGACGGACGACGAGGAGGACCAGAAGAGGAGGUAUGUGCUGGCGGAGCCCUUCAACACCUUGUCCAUGGCGCAGCAGGCGGGCGGGCCAACGCCGGCGCCGCCCGACCCGCCGCCGCCGGCGCCGCAGCCCGACCCCGUGGACUGCUGCGAGAGGCUGUGCCUCCGCGUCAACAGCCACCUCCUCAUAUCCAAGGUCUUCUACUUCUUCUUCUACGCCGCCUACGGCUCGCUGCACCCCCUGCUGGCCGUCUACUACAAGCAGCUGGGCAUGACGGCCAGCCGCAGCGGCCUGCUGGUCGGCAUCCGCUACUUCAUAGAGUUCUGCAGCGCCCCCUUCUGGGGGGUGGUGGCCGACCGCUUCAGGAAGGGGAAGGCCGUGCUGCUGUUCUCCGUCAUGUGCUGGCUGGUGUUCAACUGCGGCAUCGGCUUUGUCCAGCCGGCGGAGAUGAAAUGCGUGGUGAAGGGCGUUCCCACGACGACGGCGCCGCCGCCGCUGACCCCCACGCCUCUUCCCGAGAACGCCACCUCGCCGGGGAACGCCACGGACCCCGGCAGAAGCCGGCGGGGCGCCCCUGACGACUGGCCCGCUCUCCACAGGCAGAGGCGCAGCAGCAACGCCACGUCGACGCCCUUCGUACCCCUGAACACCACGGCGCCGCUACCCAACUCCACCCUGCCGACCACCACCACCGCCCCCGGCCCGUCCGGGUCCCCCGAGAUCGAAUACGACCCGGCCCAGGUGGAGAACAUCUUCCUCAUCAUCCUGCUGGUCAUCAUCGUGGGCGAGUUCUUCAGCGCGCCCGCCGUCACCAUCGUGGACACGGUCACCCUGCAGUACCUGGGCAGGGCCCGGGACCGCUACGGCCUGCAGAGGAUGUGGGGGUCCCUGGGCUGGGGGCUGGCCAUGCUGGGGGUGGGCAUCUGGAUCGACCACACGCACAUCACCGUCCUGAUCGACGGCGUCGGCUGCGUCCUGCCGGACUACCGCCUGCACAACUACCGGCUCGCCUUCAUCGUCUUCGGCGUGCUGAUGGGCGUGGCCUUCGUCGUGGCGACCCAGUUCUACUUUGAGAACGGGGCGGAGCACCGGCAGGAGGCGCCGGAGCCGGCGGGGGACUCGGCGGACCCCGGGUCCUCGGAGCGGAGCCCGGUGGGGGCGGCGCCGGAGUUCCACUACAGCGACCUGCUGAGGCUGCUGUGCACGGUGCGCUACGGCUCCGUCCUCUUCGUCGCCUGGUUCAUGGGCUUCGGCUACGGCUUCGUCUUCAGCUUCCUGUACUGGCACCUGGAAGACCUGAAGGGGACCACCACGCUGUUCGGGGUCUGCUCCGUCCUGAGCCACGUCUCCGAGCUCGGCGCGUACUUCACCAGCCACAAGUUCAUCGAGCUCGUCGGCCACGUCCGGGUGCUGUACGUCGGCCUGGCCUGCAACACGGCUCGUUACCUGUACAUCUCCUACCUAGAGAACGCCUGGAUCGUCCUGCCCAUGGAGGUCCUGCAAGGAGUGACCCACGCCUCAGUCUGGGCCGCCUGCAUCUCCUUCCUGAGCGCUGCCGUCCCGCCGGCUCUGAGGACGUCGGCGCAGGGCAUUCUGCAGGGUCUGCACCUGGGACUGGGCCGAGGCUGCGGCGCCAUGGUGGGAGGAGUGUUUGUCAGCUACUUUGGUGCUGCAGAGACAUUCAGAGGAAUCGGCAUGGUCUCUUUGGUCGUCCUCCUCAUCUUCUCCUUCAUUCAGUGUCUGACCGGAGAGAUGGAAGGAAAAGAGGACAAAAUCCUGGCCGAGAACAUCCCGGUUCCCUCCAGCCCCGUCCCAAUCGCCACCAUCGACCUGGUCCAGAGCCAGAGCGCUCCCGGCAGCCCGGCGGCGCCUCGGCCGGCCGCCGUCGCCGCCGCGCCCGUGAAGAAGACCAAGCACCAAGAGGACCAGGAGGACGUGACGAGGCCGGGCUGGGUGCUCUCCGGCUCGCCCUGGGUCACCGUGGCCUUGGCGCUGGUCCAGAUCAGAGAGCUGAUGAACCUGAAGAAGGGCGGCGGGCCUGCAGAGAACCAGCGACUGCAGGCUCCUAACGGCCAGGCGCCGGCCGAGUACGAGGCGGUGGCCACGUCGCACGGGGACCAGAGCCACGACAGGCAGCCCGACUCCGCCCGCCCAGCUCCCGCCGACCAAACGCACCCUGCCUCUGACGGCGCGGGGCCUGCGGACAACCCGCACUGACCAAACGAAGUGUUAAAACCUGCUCCUGUGGGGAAAACUAUAGACUCUGUAUUUAUAUAUUUAUGUAAAAAAAGCCGGAGACGAGGACACUGCUGCAUUUGUUGAAGGUUUUUCUCUUCUGUCUGAAGACUUGGUUCGUUUUGUCCUGCAGUAACUGGAAGCGGAGGGGCUUGUGAAUAAAUCCAACGCACCCUCUCUGACCCUUCAGGUGUAAAUUCUUCUUUAAGUUAUUUAAGCCGAUCGAGCUGAAAAGUGAGGAAGUCUGACAGGAUCCCCCGUCCCUUUAAAAGUCCCUUUUAAAACUUUGCGUUGGUUUUCUGUGUUUAAUUAUAUUUAGUUUGUUUAAUCCACAGCGGAACGGUUCUUCAUAGAUCAGCUGUAAACCAAAAAGUUGACCUUUAAUCACUGCGAUGAGGCUGUGGAGUUACACAUUAACAGGCUGGGUUCGGCUGCGCGACUGUAAAUAAGACGUACAGGAAACGAGCCUAAAAGUUAGAAGGUUCCUAAGUUGUAGGGGAAAAGCUGAAACGGGCUGGAGGUUUUUAUUUAUUUUAUUUUAACGUUUCUUUUCAAGUCUGGAUGGAAACAAAACAUGAUUACGGAUAAGAAAUUAGAUCCCGUUGUCUAAAUGCCGUCUCCUUCCUUUCCCUGGAUGCUUCCUUCUCUCCUUUUUUCCUCAUUUCCUUCCUUCUUUGCUUCGUCGAUCCCUUAUCAUUUCUCUCCUUCCUUCCCACCUCCCUUGUCAUCCUUCCUUCCUUGUAUCCGUCAUUCCUUCUAGUACUUCCUUCAAUAUUAAUUUUAUUUCCCUCCUUUCCCUGACCUGGCUGUUUUUUUUUUUUGUUGUUGUUUAUUUCCACAUAUGGAACCUAAAAAAAUCUAAUAAUUUAAAGGUGAACUUUAGUUUAAUUUAUUUUGAAACGGGGCUAAAUGAAGAACUAAGAAACCUUUGCACGAGAAAUGGAAAGGACCCCUGGGUAUAACAUAGGAGCGCUUUGUGCUCCUAUUAAAGGGACGUGUCUGAUUCUAGUUUUUAAUGUUGGGUUCUGUCAGGUAGUCGUCGGUAGUCACUAUCUUACCUGUUAUCAAUAUUUGCAGAGCCUGAAGUCAAACUUUGUUAGCAGAUUUUCAGAGGAUGUGUUUAUACGGCUAUAAAUUUAUAUUCAUCUGUUAAUUUGCAGCAUUUAAUAUAAUUUAACAUGACGGGUACGUAAACUUUACCCGUGAUAACUAAGAUGUUUUAGCUAGCAGAAGAUGAAGUGAUAACAUGCU